AUGACGACUGACAGUGCAGGUGUUGUUCAGAGGGCUGGUGCCUCUGUUCCUAAAACCUAUGAAGGCGAGGACAUGUAUCAACUCCCCAAGGUGAAUAGGGAGUACGAGAAACAGUUUGCCUCCCUUUACACUCACAGACUGAUGAAACUGAGACCCCGGGUACUAGCAAUGGCUAGUGCAAAGUGGACCAAUGAGACUAUCAAUGGUGAAAAGGUUGUUCGUCUUUCCAAGAUCCUAGACAUUGCCCAUCAGCAACCGUGCUACAUGGUGGGGACUGUAUAUUGCGACAUGCAAUUCAAGCCAAAUGUCUUAAAAGACGUGAGUGAAAAUAUGUAUGGUGCUCCUCCUAUUGUUGAAGGAAAUCCCUUGGAUGCCACCAACCGCAAUUUGAGACAGACAUCGUAUUCGAAUCCAGCCACUGACCAGAUCGCUCUGGAAGACGAAUCUGGAAGAGUGUUGUUGAGUGGAGACAUCAUCGACAACACCGUGUUUGUAACUGGAUGUGUUUUUGGGGUUUUGGGCUUGGAGCUGGAAUCUGGAGUGUUUGAGGUGGUUGACGUUGUGUAUCCAGAGAUUGCUCCACAGGUUCCAAGGAGCCUGGAUCAUGUUGUUCCCUCCAAGAUUGCAUUGGUAUCUGGGAUGUCUAUCAACUCCAGUGACCUUGAUUUGGUCAAGCUGGAGAUUUUGAAGGAGUAUCUUACUGGUGAGCUUGGAAAUGACGAGACUCGUGCGGCUUCUGCUCAGAUAUCCAAGCUCAUCAUUGCCGGUGACUCGAUUCAGGUAUCACAAUCGCUAAUAGGAAAGGAUUACGCAGCCAACUCCAAGUCAAAAUACAAGAAGAAUCAUAGGACAAAUUAUAAUGCGGAAGCGGUGAAUAUCCUUGAUUCGUUUCUCUGCGAUGUUCUGCAGUCUUUGCCUGUUGAUAUCAUGCCUGGUGAAAACGAUCCAGCAGAGCUCAGCUUGCCACAACAACCUCUACAUGUUGCUUUCUUUCCAAAAUCGAGGCAAUUCAUAAACACCGAGUCCAGGCACUUCAGACCACUCACUAACCCGGCAAGACUCGAGAUAGACGGGCUGCAUCUACUUGGCACCAGUGGUCAGAACAUCAACGACAUUUUCAGAUACGUGCUGCCCAAUGCGGCUGCUUCAACGGGUACCACUCCGACAGAUGAUGACCACGUUGAGUCGCGCAUUGGUCUGAUUGAGGCAAAUAUGUACUGGCAAAACAUUGUUCCUACAGCACCAGAUACGUUAUGGUGCUACCCAUACCAGGACGAAGACCCAUUUACCUUGUACGAGACCCCACACGUUUACUUCGUUGGAAAUAUGCCCAGAUUUGAGACACAAGAGACUGUGUUGCACCAGAAGUCCGGAAAGGAGGUGAAGGUGCGUGUUAUUGCAGUUCCUAAUUUCAGUGCUACUGGAGAGAUUGUGCUACUCGAUACAGCCAGUCUUGCCUGUGAAACGGUGAAAAUUGUUGGGUAA